AUGAUUCCUCUUUUUAUAAAUUCGAACGGACGAAUUCUAAAAUUCCAACACAUCCAGGUUUUUGGUGAUGAGUUGUUGAUGUCAAAUCCCAAAAAUGUAGAAAGAGCCAUCGAAGAACAUGCUUGCAAUGCUGUUCUUCUCAAGGUGAACCAAGUUGGAAGUAUGACAGAAGCCAUUAAAUGGGUCUUGCCACCAGUAAGAGAGCGCUCAGCCAAGUACAAUCAGAAAGUAAAUGACGGUUGUGCCCUUACAAUGAUGAGGAUGGAGGCUUUCACCGAGGUCAAGUGCCAAGAAAACAAUGGUGACUUCAUCGAUAGAAACGGCAACUUCAUGAGUGCAACCCACUUGAUAUUUCAGUUGACUGGGGUGUCUCGACUUAGAUGCUUAUUAUCACCGACCUGGCAAAGAAAUCAAGUAAUGCAGGUCCGUAUACCCUUGAUGAUUAUUGAAGACCCUGUCGCUAUGCUGCAAGCCAUUGUUUUGUUGCUGGAAAAAAAUAAACUUCUUCUUGAGUUUGGACUUAGUCAGGCCAUUGUUUUGUUGCUGGAAAAAAAUAAACUUCUUCUUGAGUUUGGACUUAGUCAGGCCUAGGGCCAGAUGGUGGUGUACUUUCUUAUUUGCAAAAUCUUGGAUAUAAGAAGCCAUAUAUAAGCUUCAUGGAUAGCAUAACAAUGGAAUUUUGGAUUGUUGUAUCUGAUCAUACCCACUACAAAAUCAUAAAUAAAAACUCCACAUUUUAGCAUUAAAUAUUUAAAUAAACUCAACAUUUAAAUAAAAACUCAACACUUUAGCAUUAAAUAUUUAAAUAAAAACUCAAAAUCAUACAUUUAUGACUUUUUUUCUUUUCUACCAGACAGGUUUUCUUGGAAUGCCAAAAAAUGGAAUUUGAUUGUUCCCAGAUGUGUGGUUUGCUUAUAUAGAAGCUAAGACUCCAACAGACUUUUUUUCUACCAGAGGAUUAUUUUUGCAACGACAAAAAAUGAAAUUGGCUGGCUUCUAGAUGUCAGGUUUGCUUAUGUAGCAGCUAAGGCUUCACGAGAUGGAUUAUGUACAUAUACACGUUGAAAGAACGAAAAAAAAAAUUGAAUCAGCGCCAACGGCCGCGCAUGAUUCCAUCUAGUUUUUAUC